AUGAGCUCAUCUAGGAUCCACUGGAAAUAUCGCACCCCAAAAGUGGGGCCGUUCACUCUGCGUGCCGGCGAGCAGGCCACGCUGGUGUUUGAGGGACUAGACACCGCCGUGGAGGUGUUUCUUAGCGGGGAGCAUAUCCUUUCCAGCAAGAACAUGCAUGCCUCGCACCGCGUAGACAUCACUGGCUUCUUUGACCAAGGGAGCUUUCCUCAGACCACGUUGAAGCUCAGAUUCACCAGUGCUGUGACAUUUUCGCAAAUGGAAAAGAAGCGCAUAGGGUAUAAGCACGACGAGAGAAUGACCUUCGGCAAUGAUGAGCCGAGGGCUUCUGGGAUUAUUACCAAAUGCACAGGGUAA